AUGCCUCCGUGUAGCCCUCGCACCCCACCACCGCCCCGUGCAGCUCGUCGGCGUGCUCCUUCUUCCUGUCCCUCGCCAUCUGCUCCGCCAUGUACCCGAUCUUCUCCGCCAGCUUCUCCAGCUUCUCCUCCAGCCUCUCCCUCCUCCUCCACCCCCCCUUCUUCCCCCUCCCCGGCGGCGGCAGCAGCGCCGCCUCCUCCUCCUCCGCCGCCGCGGCUGCCGACCCCUCCGGCGACUGCCCUUCCUCCAUCUCCUCCUCCACCAUCACCAGCCCCGCCGCUUCCUCCCCGUUCAGCUCCCCCCGCCGCCGCCGCCGCCGCCGGCCGCCGUCCUCCGCCGGCGGCUCGCCGGAACCCCUGGAAUAGAACCCCGUGGGCUUCUCGUCCCCGCAGAUGA